AAAGAUUCGAAUUGGGAAGUGAAGGUGAUCAUCACGGAGAUUGAUGUGGAUCAGAUGAAGUUGAAUGGGAUCAUGAAAGCAAGAUCUGAAAUUAAAAAUCAAGAACUGAUCACUACUUCUUGGAAAGGUGAAAUCAUUGAUUUCGAUCAUCAUUUCUUAUACACUCAUGGUAAAUGGGCCAACGAUCGAAUCGAAAAAGAGUUUUGGUCGAAAACUAAAGCUUUUGAUGGGUAUAAAGAUCAAUUGGAUUCUGUUGAAGACUAUCAAGCUUUUCAAGAUCGGAUUCAUCAAGAUUUCGUUUUGAUGAGAUGGAAAGAAACUCAUUUUGUCAAUUGUGAAGCUGAUCAAUCUGGUUUAUCAAUCCAAGGGUUUUAUUUUGUUUGUCAAUCUAAAUCAAAUGGUUCAAUUGAAGGUUUGUCUUUGAAAAGAAAACAAAAACUAAUCAUUCAAAGUUUAUGA